GCAAUGACAUUGGGAACACAACCUGACCAUAUAUUUUAGAUAAAAAGUAAUUAAAACCAAAGAUGAAUAUAACCAAGUUAACUGUGGUGGUCUUCAUUGCAGCUUUGUGUGAUAAUGUUGGUGCAAGUCGGCCCAGAGGUAUGCACAAUGAUACCAAACUCAAGGAUCAAAAGUUGCAACUUGAAGACAUCAUCGGCAAUAUUAUUGGGAACAUCACUGACCCUAUUAUAGGCAUUAUAGGCAACAAUACUAGACCUAUAUAUACACCAAUACCUACUUUGCCAAACAAUACUAGUCCCGCACCUUCCCCUGAUGGUGGCUCAGUAGAAAUUGUCCCGUCCCUUGCUCCACAAGGUGAAGCCACUAAUGGAACUAAAGCUCCUUUAAGUGGCGGGGACAUAGGUGUCCCAUCCCUUGCCCCAGAACGCGAAGCUAGUAAUAGUACGGAGGCUCCUCUUAAUGGUGGAAUUAUAGGAGUUGCUCCAUCUCCUCUUAGUGGUGGCACUGUAGGAGUUGUUCCGUCUCCUAUCCAAGAAGGUGGAGCCAUCAAUGGUACUGAACCUCCUCUUAGUGGUGGAAUUAUAGCACCCCUUCGCUCUCCUAUUGUCACCGAACCUCCUCUUAGUGUUGAUGCUAUAGGAGUUUCUCCGUCUCUUCCCCCAAUAGGUGGUGGCACUGAACCUACUCUUAGUGGUGAUGCUAUAGGAGUUUCUCCGUCUCUUCUACCAACAGGUGGUGGCACCGAACCUCCUCUUAGUGGUGGUGGCGUUAUAGGAGUUGUUCCUCCGCCACAAAGUAGAGAAACUCCUGCCACUUACGACAUUGAAUCUUCCAUUGAUGUCAAUAUAAGAAUGCCUCAUGUAUCCACUGAAGGAGGAAUUGUUUUUACUACUACUAACAACUUUGGAAAUGAAGAUGACAGCAAUGGCGGGAGCGGUAGGGAGCCUUGAAUCGUGGAAAAGCUAUAAAUAUAAAGCGCUAGUGUUCAUGCUUAGCCUCUAUAAGUAAAUAAAUAAAUUGUUCUCUACAAACUACAAAGUCACGUUCUCUUUUGUAUUGUAAAUAAUUAGAGAAUGUGACUUUUUCUUUCUCUCAUUCAGUCUUUUUGUUAAUUAUUAGAAGAGUUAGCUACCGAGACCAAAAACAAAUGUUGCGUAAAAUAACUAUACUAAUAAAAGACGCAAUAUUUUAUCUAUGUCAGGAACUUGUGAUUAGAACUUUGUGAUCGUCAAUAGCUUUGUACACGAAACUUGAAACUAGUUGUUCAUUUCUAUCAGUUGAUAAAAUCUUGUUAGUUAGUCGAAUCUCAUAAUUGCCAUCUCUAGGUUUGAGAACUUCGUGAAGUUGCUAAUUCUGGGGGGGGGGGGGCGGCUGGUGGGGGGCAUUGUGUAUAAAGGGUUUCGUCCUAAGUAAAGAGGUUUAAAUGUAUUAAUAUAAUACAAUCCAAAACAAAUUUAAAGAUACAGAGAUAUUCAUAGUUUACAGACUGGGGCUAAAAUGUACACUUUAGGUCUAAUUUAUUAUAAAUAACGUUGGACGUAUGAGCUUAUAACUCGCCAAGCCACCAAACACAAUGAGCUAGAGGAAGUCUGCUUUUCCUAUCCACAAAUACAAUAGUUGAAAAAGUCUGAAAAUGAAGACCUGCAUUCUUUUACCAAGCUAUAAAGCCUGCAAAGCAAAUUCAAAACGUUCCAAGACGUGUCGCUCUGAGAUUUCGGCGGCUGUAAAUUUAGCAAAAAUUUUCUAUAAUCUUUUUUUUUACAAAUUUGGAAACCUAUAUUUAUAUAAUAUUCUUUAAAAAAAAUUAAGAGUUUGAAGCCAAUGUUUCAUCCAGUUUUGCCUAGGAACAGCCCUAAAGAUGUUGGGGCUUGUCGAAACACAUGCACUGAAAAAAUUAAACAUCAUGUUUUCACAUUGCCCCCUCCCCCACCCCCCCCCCCCCUCCUAAAAUGUUUUAGUUGUACUAUUAAUGAUCUAGGUGGUGGGGGGCAUCAUGGAUUGUGUAGAAAGGGUUUCGUCUUAAGUAAAGAGGCUUAAAUGUAUUAAUAUAAUACAAUCCAAAACAAAUUUAAAGAUACAGAGAUUUUCAUAGUUUAUAGACUGGGGCUAAAAUGUACACUUUAGGUCUAAUUUAUUAUGAAUAACGUCGGACGGAUGAGCUUAUAAUUUGCCAAAACACCAAACACAAUGAGCUAGAGGAAGUCUGCUUUUCCUAUUUGUGAUAGUUGAAAAAGUCUGAAAAUGAAGACCUUCAUUCCUUUACCAAGCUAUAAAGCCUGCAAAGCAAAUUCAAAACGUUCCAAGAUGUUUGGCCUUCAGAUUUCGGCGACUGUAAAUUUUGCAAAAAAAUUCUAUAAUCUUUUCUUUUACAAAUUUGGAAACCUAUGUCUAUGUAAUAUUCUUUAACAAAAUUAGGGGUUUGAAGCCAAUGUUUCAUCCGGCUUUGCCUGGGACCAGCUCUAAAGAUGUUGAGGCUUGUCGAAACACAUGCACUGAAAAAAUUAAACAUCAUGUUUUCAUCCCCCCCCCCCCCCCUCCUAAAAUGUUUUAGUUGUACUAUUAGAGAUCAUUAGGUUAAUUGGAAAAGAUCCUGAACAUUGUGCCAGAGAUCCCCAAUUCGAAUUAGUGACUCUGAUUUUUUUUCUUGAUCUUUUCGACUAAAACACGAAUUCAUUAUCAUUGUUUAUUAUCCCCAAUUCGAACCAUGAUGUUGGGGCAUCAUGGAUUGUGUAGAAAGGGUUUCGUCCUAAGUAAAUAGGCUUAAAUGUAUUAAUAUAAUACAAUCCAAAACAAAUUUAAAGAUACAGAGAAAUUCAUAGUUUACAGACUGGGGCUAAAAUGUACACUUUAGGUCUAAUUUAUUAUGAAUAACGUCGGACGUAUGAGCUUAUAAUUCGCCAAACCACCAAACACAAUGAGCUAGAGGAAGUCUGCUUUCCCUAUCCACAAAUACAAUAGUUGAAAAAGUCUGAAAAUGAAGACCUGCAUUCCUUUACCAAGCUAUAAAGCCUGCAAUGCAAAUUCAAAAUGUUCCAAGACGUUUGGCCCUGAGAUUUCUGCGGCUGUAAAUUUUGCGGCCAAUGUUUAUGUAAUAUUCUUUAACAAAAUUAGGGGUUUGAAGCCAAUGUUUCAUCCGGCUUUGCCUAGGACCAGCUCUAAAGAUGUUGAGGCUUGUCGAAACACAUGCACUGAAAAAAUUAAACAUCAUGUUUUCACCCCCCCCCCCCCCCCCCCCCCCCCCUCCUAAAAUGGUUUAGUUGUACUAUUAGAGAUCAUUAGGUUAACUGGAAAAGAUCCUGAACAUUGUGCCAGAGAUCCCCAAUUCGAAUUACUGACUCUGGUUUUUUUCUUGAUCUUUUCGACUAAAACACUAAUUCAUUAUCAUUGUUUACCAGAACCACAAGAAAUUGAGGACAAUCAUAGAACAACUUCAAUUGAACACUUAACAUAAAAGAUUUCCUAGCUAAUGAGUUCGCUAAUAUGUUGUUUAUUCGUUUUGUAUGUUGGAACUUAUAACAAGUGAACAUUUCUUUCCAACAACUGACUGUAGACAUAUAAUAAUGAAACCUUUGUUUGAAAUUUGCGUUGUUGAUAGUGGCGGCAUUGUCUCCUUUGAAAAUAAUGUUGGUGUUCCGCGUUGACCAAGAAGCUUGGAUUGCGCAGACUAAAUCAGAAAAUUCUGGUUCCUCUAUUGUUGGUCUACCUUUAAAUUUACCCAUAUCCGUUCCAAGACAAUGCUAUUACUAUCACAUAUUACCCAUCCAUACCUGAUUAUUUUUUUCUCUAAAUGAUGAGAGAUAUCAUAGUUGCAUUUUACCCAUCCAACUCGGUGGAGGAGACCAUGUGGAAUGACCUCUGCUAUUAAUUUGUCGUCGUGUACAAAUAUGAGUCAGUUCAUAGUAUGAUACAUCCAUUUGGUGACAUCCACUUUACCUCUUUUAACCGUUUUCGUUUCCAAAAUAUUAUUGGAUGCAAAUAAUAGUUAAUUCUUAUUUUUCCAUAGUCUCCAAAGAAUCCAAAAUGACAACAGUUGACUCUCCUUCAGGAGUGAUAUGUCUUAGUUUUUACCGGUUUUAACCAUGGUAUAAGUCUAUUUAUAGAGUCUUUAUGUUAUGUUUCAAGUCUUAUUCAAGGUCUUUCAGGUCUAUGUACGUUUUGAAGCAUUAUAGAAAUUUUAAAGUCAUUCAGAGCUUAAAGUGACCUGAAAUGUUGAAGCCAGAGUUCGAUAUUUGCAAGUAGUGUCAAUUGACAUUCCAAGUGUAUCGAUCGACACUCGUUCGCUUUGGCGGGUCUCCGACUGAAGUUUCAAGAAUUACAUUUUGGCCCAAAAGUUUCCCUAUUUGCAAAGAGCCCCUAGACGUGUCUAACCUAUAUUUAUGUAUUUUCCAGCCAUUGUUUAGGCUAAGACUAUCUCCAAUGGUACACAAUAAUAUUCUUUAUAUUUCAUUCUUAGAUAGAGUAACUUUAUAAGGGCAUCUCCAAUAGUACUCUAUAAUUUCAUCUAUAUUUCACUCUAAAAUAGAGUAACUCUAUUAUAGAGUUGAUAUUGCUCCAAUGGUUAACUCUAUAGUAGAGUUACUCCAUAAAAGAGUAGAAUAUAGAGAAAUGUUGUUUUUUACUCCAAAUAUAGAGUAAAUAAACAACAUUUAUCUAUGUUCAACUAUAUUAUAAAGUAACUCUAUUAUAGAGUUAACCAUUGGAGCAAAAUCAACUCUAUAAUAGAUGUAUAACCUAAAUUCUACCCAAAGUAUUUGAUAGUGAUCGGGGUUGAUCUUUGGAAAACAAAUGAUGUGGGCAACGCUAUCUUUAGAACACAACGAUGUUAAGUAGUUUACGGUAGGCGAAAAUAGACUUUAUUGAUAACUGGGAUCGAAUACAAUGAAUUGAACUAGAACGAGAAAGAAAGAAUCUAAAAGUGGGAAGACAACAAGAUCGAUAUGAAUGUGUAGCUCUCUCUAGGGUUUUCAAUGUGUCCUCUUCCGUGUUUCUUCUUCUUCUUUUAUAGUAAGUCGACUCCGAGAUCUCCGUGGUGGCUCUGCGAUCUCAGCUUCUUGUUAUGCGAUCUCUGCGACCUCUUCUUCGAGUUCGAUUCUCGUUGUGGGCCUCGGCCUGUCUCGGCCCAUUCGGUAGUGACCAAAGUUUGGUGCAACAUUUGUCCCCCAGCCUCUUUUGAUUUGAUCGAAAAGGAAAAGGAGGCGGUUAUCCUUCGGUAUGGAUCUUGUGGUUGGAUUAUUGCAAUCAUUCGGGUUCGGUUUUAAUAAUCGUUUUUGAAAAGAGCCGUUUGUCGGCGCGUUUUCUUUUAUUACUAUUUUAAUUGGUAAAGGCUACUUUAGCUGCCGCUAGGGCGUGGACUAGGUUAUAAUUGCUUUUCUUGAUAGCGAUGAUAUAGCCGUUAAUUAAUGUGGCUUAUAUAUAUACAUGGGAGGUUUUUCUUAUAGCCUUAUCUCCGUUUCCAAUCUCAAAUAUCUUUCUCCCUUGCUCUGAAUCUUUAUAUUCUUCGAGCUAAAGAUGUGUUCGUCUCUCAAUUUUCCUCAUCCAACUACAACCGCAGAUGAUCUCGAGAACCUUUACGAGGUUUAUGGGGUUGAUCGUUCCGUCGUCCUUGAUUUGGCCGGUGCGAAUGAGACCCCUGAAACCGUGAGAGUGGGCUACUACGGAGCCUAUCUUUCCUUUUUCCACUCAUGAGGUCUUAUCUUCCCGAUCCCGGAAGCGAUACUUGAGAUCUUGGCGGAGAUUGGGCUAUCGCUUUCUCAGCUUCUCCCGAAUUUUCGAAGGCAUCUUGUCACCUUUUUGGUUAAGGCUAGGGAAGAGGGUCUUUCUUUUGGUCUUAAGGAGUUCCGUCAGUUCGUUCUGGUGAAGUGGAACAAUCAGACCCCUGGGACUUUCCUUGUGUCUCCACGUCCAGGUCGUCACGUCAUAGAGGAUAUUCCUUAUCGAGACGAGAAGUGGCGAGAGCAAUUCAUUGUUUUCUGGAUGGAUCGAGCAUCCAUGGGUGACUUUGAUUUUUCCCGGCUUUCUCGUCGUUGGGCUGAAAAUAUCGGUUAGUUCUCGUCCUGCCUAUGCGUUUAGGGUUUAUCGGGAUCGAAAACUAAAAUUUUCGUUUCGUUUUUGCUUGAUGUAGUUCCCGCUGGAAGUUCUUCGAUGUCGGAUGAGAUUCGCGGUCUGAUGUUGAUCCUUCGGAGAGGUCGUUCGAAUUGGUCCACUUUUGACCGGAUUCGGAUUCAGACUGUUUUUGCCUUGCCAGUGGGGACCGGCAGAGCUUCAUUAAUCGAGGGAUCCAAAGAUGAGGCCAGGCAUUCCCGAGAGGUCGCGGGGGCUUCUCCUGCUCAUGACCAGUCUUCGGAUAGGUUAAAUAGACAGCUCGUGAGGAGGUCGUCAUUCCGAACUUCCGGGUCUGCACCGAGAAGUCGAACUUCAGGAAAGUCUCCUUUAAUCCCAAUCCAUGAUUCCGACGAUGACGAUGCUUCAGAAGAGGGUCGGCAUCCUGUUUCGCUGAGUCCUGGUAUGGAUGACGAGACCAUGGUGAUUCGUAAACGACGUCAAUCGUCGGAGGGGCCCUUGCCUGGUCCAUCUCGUCAUAUGUUUGUUCCCGAGGGAGAUGGUUCUUCGUUUGCGGUUCAGAGCGAUCUGAUUUCCCUAGCUGGUCGUAUGACGUCCGCAGGUGAAGGACCCUAAGAUCGGCUCACUCGAAUGGAUCAGAUUUGGAUAUGAACUCCAGAUGGAGAACUAGAUGGAUUGAAGGGUCUCACGAAGGAUGCAGAUUGGCCUUCGAUAUUCCCGACUCCAAAUGGUGCUUGAUAUGACUCACAAGACCAACGAUUUGAGGAAGUGUUUACUUGGAUAUGACUCAUCAAGAAACACGACAAGUUCUUAAACGAAGAACAAAGAGUUUAAACUCGAAAGCUUUUGACCAAAACGAUUUCUGAUUUAUUAAAAUGAAAGAGUUUCAUACUUAUAGAAUUUUGUAGAUCUAGAAAUUAAAUAGAAAAGUAGAUCUUGAUCUAGUCUUUAAUACAAAAAGUAAAGAGAUAAGACUAGACAAGGUGACUGUUCGGCUUCUGUCCAGAUUCGUUGUAUCCUGAAGCAUGAACCGCGGUAAGGAGAAGGACGGAUGUGGGACUGUCCGUACGAACCACCAUGUCCGUUUAAUGAACCAGACUGGGCCAAGUGCGUCCUAUGUCUUCAGAAAGAUGAAGGAUCCUUGCCUUAGUGAGAUGGAUUAUAAAAGUGCAUGAACUGAUCAAAAGGGCCGAUCAAUCGAUCAGUGCGGUCGCCGGUACGUGCAGUAUGGGCCAAUCGAGCCAAAAGAGAGAAGCCAUGGUCUGAAUAGGACUUGGCUCGAGCUAAGUUGGUUCUGGCUUGACCAUCAAUCUUAGCUUAACGAGUUGGCCGGAGAGACGGGCUUCAGUUCGGUCAGUUUUAGCAUCUAGUCGAGGAUCUAGACGAAGCUCCAAUCCGGACGUUCGCGGGUCGAGCCGAUAGACGGCCUGAUCGAUCUGUCUGAUCUGAUCGAUAAGAUAAACCUCAGCUGGGACGUCUGGAACGUUCUGAUCGGUCUGGUCCAUGGACUGGGGCACAUCAUUCCCUCCUUCUUUAAAAGGAUUUGUCCACAAAUCUGGACCAUCUACAAGAAAAGGAGAAAGAUCAGAUACAUUAAAGCUUGAAGAAAUAUCAUACUUACCUUGCAAAUCAAGCUGAUAGGUAUUGUCAUUGAUCUUUCCAAGGAUCUGAAAUGGACCAUCGACCCGAGGCAUAAGUUUAGACUUUCUUUCUUCUAGAAACCGUUCUUUCCUCAUGUGAACCCAAACAAGAUCACCCUCCUCAAUGAUCACCUCCUUUCUCUUCUUGUUGGCAUAUCUUUUCUACCCUUCGGUUUUGGCUUCAAUGUUUGCACGAACCUGCUCAUGUAACUUCUUGAUAGUGUCUGCUUUCCUUUUGCCAUCUGUGCUAACUCCUUCACUCAAACGCAAAGGUAAAAUAUCAAGUGGAGAUAAAGGAUUAAAGCCAUAAAUGACUUCAAAAGGUGAGAACUUAGUAGCAGAAUGCAUAGCACGGUUAUAAGCAAACUCAACAUGACACAAACCUUCUUCCCAAAGCUUAAGUUUUUUCUUAACCAAUGAUCUAAGCAAUGCAGACAAAGUUCUAUUCACUACUUCAGUUUGGCCAUCAGUUUGUGGAUGACAAGUCGUAGAGAACAUCAAUCUGGUUCCUAAUUUAGACCACAAAGUUUUCCAUAAAUAGCUAAGGAACUUAGCAUCACGAUCAGAGACAAUGGUCUUAGGCAUUCCAUGCAAUCUAACAAUUUCCCUAAAGAAAAAUUCAGCAACUUGCACAACAUCAUCAGUUUUAUGACAUGGAAUGAAAUGAACCAUUUUCGAAAAUCUAUCAACAACCACAAAGAUGGAGUCUCAGCCAGUUUUAGUCCUAGGAAACCCAAGAUCAAAAUCCAUU